ACAAUGGUUUUUAUGUUGAUCAUCUGUGACAGGAAUGGAGCUGCAGAGGGAGGAAGAGAGGAAACCUAGUUUGCGGUGCUGCCUGCCACUUCCCCGUUGCCUAGUAACUGUUUCCACGGCAACCGCGCCGUCAACAACGCUAAGCAAUCCCAGGAGUGAUAGAAAAGUUAUUUUAUUUUCUUCCCAAGAGAGGACCGCUUAGAGGAGGUCAAAGGGGAAUUGUGUGACACACAGAAGCCUUAGUUCCUUGAGAAGACAGGAGAGUAGGAGAGGAAAGGGGGAGCAGUGAAGAAAGGGAUGGAGAUAUUGGUAUAGUGAGAAAAAAGCUGAGUACUUUUAAGGAAUCAUUUGGUGGCCAUGGAUCCAACGUACUCUUCUGAGAGCAUUUAUAACCUCAUACCCAGUGACUGGAAGGAGCCUCCUCAGCCUCCUAGGUACAUAUCAAUUUUUAAGGCAACUGUAAAAGAUGACAUGCAGAAAUUUAAAACUGCAAUGAAAACCAUGGGACCAGCAAAACUUGAAGUACCUUCUCCAAAGGAUUUCUUGAAGAAACACUCUAAGGAAAAAACUCUACCACCCAAAAAAAAGUUUGAUCGGCAUGAGCCCAAAAAGCCUCCUGUGCCAUUGAGAACUGAACAUCCAGUCAUGGGAAUACAGAGUGAAAAAAACUUUAUAAAUACAAAUGCAGCCAAUGUCAUUAUGGGAGUGUCUAAAAAGCCUAAACCAGUUUAUGUUGACAAAAGAACUGGGGACAAGCAUGACCUUGAAACUUCAGGACUAGUUCCAAAGUACAUCAAUAAAAAGGAUUAUGGUGUCACGCCUGAAUAUAUAUGUAAGCGAAAUGAGGAAGUGAAGAAAGCCCAAGAAGAAUAUGAUAACUAUAUCCAGGAAAACCUCAGGAAAGCAGCUAUGAAAAGACUGUCUGAUGAAGAAAGGGAGGCGGUUCUGCAGGGGCUGAAAAAGAACUGGGAGGAGGUGCAUAAGGAGUUCCAGUCCCUCUCAGUCUUCAUCGACUCCAUACCUAAGAAGAUGCGCAAGCAGAAGCUAGAAGAAGAGAUGAAGCAGCUGGAGCAUGACAUUGCUGUCCUCGAAAAGCACAAAAUCAUUUAUAUUGCUAAUAAGAAAUAGUGGACUUUUUAAAUGUGGUCAUAUUAACAUAGGAGAAACCAUGGAAAACAUAAAAAUGAAACCAUGAGUUUUUCAAAAAAGAAAAUACCAUGAAGAGUAUAAAAAUGGCCUUUACCAAAAUGCUUAGGCAAUGUUUAAAGAGUAAUUGGUUUAUUUACUUAUGCAGAGAAAAAAAAAAUUUUUUUACUAGUGUCAAGGCUUCCAUAUAUAACCUGAUAAAAGUUUGAUAUUAGGUUUUCUAGCUCUGUAGCAUAAUUCAUUAUUACUAUAUGCUUGUUUUAGAGAAACAUUUCUGGGCCCUGAAAAAAUAAAGUCAGCACUCAGAAGUUCACAUUUUUUCUAAACUGCAUAAUACAAGGAACACAACAUUAAAAACUGUUAAAAGUAUUUUGCAUUGGAAAUAGUGGCAUAAGCUUUUUUUACUGCUCUGAAGUGUUUUCUACCUAUUGUUUCAGAGAUCCACAAAUGACAUACAUUCUCCAGUAGCCUGUGUCAUGUGUGGCUAUUCACACCUAUAAACAUUUUUAAUGUCCGUGAUGUUAUAUAGGCUGAGAGUUUUACAUUUGGAGGAAGGAAAAUUAAGAAGACAACAUAAAAUCAAGGAGACAUGUAUCACUGAGGACUGUGACCGAGAAUAGCCUCCUUCCCGACAUUCAGCUUUUAAAACCUUUGCUAUUCUAGGUGCUUUAUCCCAUAAAUUACUAUAUGUAUUUCACUAAAACGGGAUGUUACUUUUUCUUUUCGGUUUUCCCUAUUUUUGUGAACUCUAAUGUUUCUUUUUGUAAGGUUACAUAAUUUAUUAGGCCAUAAGUUUAUGUAAGUAGAGCUCUCUUCAACUCAAAAUAAAUAAGCAUAUAAAUAUCCAAGAAGGAUAAGAUUCUUUUAUGAAAUUUUAAAUUGGAGAAAUUUGGUAAAAAUAUAUAAAAUGACCAAAUAUCAGAGCAAUAACAAUUUCUACUGAAAUGACAAUGCUUACACUGAUUUUUAUCCUAUAGACAACACAGAAAAAAAAAAUGACAUUUUUUUCCUCAAGCUUUUUCACAAAGACAGAAUUUGGGACCAUUGUAGAAAAGCUUACUUUAAAGAAAGAUUUGUGUAUACAAAUAUUUUUGAAAACUCUCUUUAAACUUUUUUUCACAUCUCUUUAUAAGCAUCAUUUCUUUAUUCCUUUCUUAUUUUAGGACAGAUAUAAAGUAAAGAAUAGUACAGUUGACCCUUGAACCACACAGGAGUUGGGAGCACUGAUCCUUCACAGAGUUGAAAAUCUGUAUAUAAUUUAUAGUCACCCCUCUGUAUCCUUGGUUCUUUGUAUUUAUGUUUCCCUAUGUGUGGAGUCAACCAGCCACAGGUCAGGUAGUGCCCUAAAGUUGACUAUUGAAAAGAAUCCACAUGUAACUGGACCCACAGAGUUCAAACCUGUGUUGUUCAAGGGUCAACUGCGUUUGGUAAAUUCUCAUUUAUCCCAGAAUGGUCAGAUGGUUGCUAUUUGGGGAAGGCUAACAGCUGUAACAAUAAAUUUAUUUAAACACAA